AGCUUUCCCUUCUCCCUCCCAAAUCCUGUGCUAAUCUGACAGAACAAAACUGUGAAUCCAAAAAAUUUCUCUCUCAAUUUCUUCACAGCCAAACCAAAACCAGAGACUUUUACGCAGACCCACUGCAAAGUAACAGAGAGAGAUGUGUACUCAUGGCUUAUUGAUCCCUGGAAGCGAGGCCUCUCGCUUCUGCUUCUCUUCCACCGUCUCUUCUCCCACCGUAACGUAUAAGUCCGACCCAUUUUUCCGCUUCAAGCCUCUGACACGUUUCUCGCACGCGUCAUUCAAAAUCAAGGCUGCUGUGCAGGAAGGAAUCCCCACCAACAUGAGCUUUUAUGAGCUGUUGGGGAUUCCUGAGUCCGGUACCUUGAUUGAGAUAAAGCAGGCUUAUAAAAAGGUCGCCAGGAAGUACCACCCGGACGUGUCGCCCCCGGAUCGGGUUGAGGAGUAUACCCAGAGGUUUAUUCGGGUUCAGGAGGCUUACGAGACUCUCUCGGAUCCUAGAAGGAGAGCUCUUUAUGAUCGAGAUAUGGCUCGGGGUCUUCACCUCGCGUUCUCUGCUAGGAGACGACACCAAAACGAUGAGGAACUGGAAGUGAGAGGCGAGUGGAAGAACUGCUGGGAAGCUCAGCUAUCAGAGUUGAAGAGAAGAAGCAUGAACAAGGAUGCAGAGGGAAACUUGUCGUGGGCAGCUCGAAUGCGCAGGCAACGGGAACGAUCAUCUCAAGAAAUUUAAAUAGGUUCUUGAUACGCGCUUUUCUAGUUUCUACACCGUUGGUACUGAGAGAGGGUAAUGAAGAAGCUGUCUGGUUAAGCAUAUGCAUGAAAUGAAACAGCAGAAAAAUUUAUCUGCGCAUGCUAAUCAAAUAGAUAUCUCAAAUCAGAAAUCUUGUAUGGUUGUUUUUUCUGGCCAUGCCAAUGAUACUUACAGCCUUACAGGCGUUUUAUGCUGUAUAUAAAGUUCAAUAGUUUGAUGCGCAUCUUUUUGGAACACAAAUUUUCUUUGUUGCUCAACGUGAAAACUUUCUUUUA